CCGAUUUCAUAUUGGUGUCUCAAAAUAUGGGUCAGACUGAUAUGACAUGUCAAAUUGAAAACAGUUUAAAACUUGGGUGUUGCUCCAACCACAGCUCCCUUAAUUAAUUAAUUAAGAAAUCCUAAAUUUCUAUUUCAGUCACACCAGUCCCACCUCUCCUUCUCUCGUAUUCUCAUCUCCAAACUCCAGAUCCGUUUGUUUUUCUCAAACUCUUACUUUUCUUUUAUUCGUGCAGUCCAUCCCAACUCUCCCCGUCUCGGUUCUUCUUGAACUUGGACAACCUGCUCUUACAAACCAUGAUGGAUAGGCUGCAGUUGCGGGCUUUGAUCAACAAUCCUUUGGUUAUGCAGUCUCUUGAGGACUUCUUAUUCAACGACCUUGACGAGGACGAGGACGACGCGGACGAAGUGAGCUUCAAAGGAAAGUCGGAGCUGGCGAGGAAGGAGGCUAAGUUGGAGAAGGAAGUGAUCAAAAUCAUCCUCAGCGGCAACAACCAAUCCCCCUUGAAACCCAAUUCGGGCCAGGCGGUGUCUGUUCGGGACCACCACAUCUGCGUCGGGUUUCAAGAUGAAGAGGCUUCUGGGUAUCGCGUGUGGGAGUGGCACGACCACAUUAUGGCUUUCGACGAGGAAUUCGAUUACAAUCCUGAGUAUGUAUACGGUAAUUACUUUCAGUGGUUUAAGCCUAGACCUGGUUGUGCCUCUGCCGUUGUUGCAGAUCAUGUUGUGAAAAGGAGGAAGAGGAGGAGAAACAGGGUUAAAGGGAGUUGAUUGAAACCAAGGAUUCUGUUGAUGUUCGCAUUCUUCACAGGAACAUCAACGCGACUUCUCGUAACUUCUACAACAACCUUAAACGGAUAUCAGCAUUCGUAGACGAAUGUUCAUAUUCGUUUAAGGGUUUUCCACAUUA